GUGAAUGAAACAAAACGAGACUCCGGUUUGUUCUUGAUGAGGAAACCACGCCAUAACAGAUCAGAAAAAAUAGCGUAGUACAGGCCCUUAAAGAUAACUCCUGCGCUUAACAAAAGGGCACUUUCUGGGCACAAUACCGCACAGACGCACCCGUUAAGCCUCUCCAGUGCGCCUCCACAGCGCCCCCGCAGAGCGCAGCGGGCUGGUCCUUUAAAGACCGAUAAAAAAAAGAAAAAAAGAAAAAGAAACGUCCCACUUCCGGUGUGAAAGACAAAAACAGACAGAGGAGCGUCCCAGCGGAGAGAAGAGGGUAGCGCUUCGACGCAGAGAGGCAGUUUGUUCCGAAAGGUGCACAUUUAGCGCAAAGCCAGAGUAGCACGCGCCGGCUGCAUCCACUGACACCGCGCCAUGGUGAAGAUCAGCUUUCAGACUGUCGCGGGACAGAAGGGGGAGAAGGAGGGCGAUGGCGACAAAACAGAAAUACUUAUCCCGCAUCCGAUGGAGGAAGAGGAGCUGGUUCUGCCUCUGCGGCCUAAAAAGUCUCCUCUGAACGGGCUGUGCUGCCUGACCUUCGGCCUGGUGGUUUUCAUGGCUGGUCUGGUCCUGGCCUCCAUCUAUGUUUACCGCUACUACUUCAUCCCUCAUAUCCCGGAGGAGAAUCUGUUCCACUGCAGGGUGCUGUAUGAGGACUCAGUUUACGCCCCUCUGCGCGGCCGACAGGAGCUCGAGGAAAACGUUGGCAUCUAUCUGGGCGACAACUACGAAAAGAUCUCCGUGCCCGUGCCGCAUUUCGGAGGCAGUGACCCGGCUGACAUCAUCCACGACUUCCACAGGGGACUGACUGCCUACCAUGACAUUGCAUUGGACAAGUGCUACGUGAUUGAGCUCAAUACCACCAUCGUGAUGCCUCCUCGAAACCUCUGGGAACUUCUCAUCAAUGUCAAGAAAGGGACGUACCUGCCUCAGACCUACAUCAUCCACGAGGAGAUGGUGGUGACGGGGAAAGUGCACAACAUGCGUCAGCUGGGCCCCUUCAUCUAUCGCCUGUGCAACGGCAAAGAGACGUACCGCCUGAGCCGCCGCCUCACACACACACGCCUGAACAAGCGUGACGCCAAGGACUGCCACCACAUCCGCCAUUUCGAGAACACAUUUGUGGUGGAUACCGUUAUCUGCGAAGAACCAUAGAAAACAAACAACAACAAUUAAAAAAAAACAAACAAAAAAACCCCAUACUUACCACUCCGCUGUUUAAGCACAUCGCCAGUCACUUCCCGAGCCACUGUAGCACCCUCUAGUGGAACAUGUCUGAGUUGCACUUUACCUGUAAUUUGAACUAUAAUAUUAUAACGUUUGAAUUUAAACUUUUUUUUGUUUUUUUGCAUAAUAAUUUCCAUUGGUUAAUACUAGCCUAUUUUCAAAUGUGAUGCAAUACUUAACAUAAGGUUCUAUCACAGGAUUUUUCCAUGUAGCAAAGUCUAAAGGCAAAGUCUAAGGCGUUUUGGUUUAACAAUGUCUCUUAUGGGAUUUGUGAGUUGUUACUGUUGUUAGGAGAAGACUCCAUGCGUUGUUAAGGUGUGUUGUUUUGUAUUUUUUUUAUUCCUCGUGAGACUUCUUACCUUUUCUCACUGCUACUACUCCGCUCUCUGCAAGGCAUGCCGCUCUGCUUAACAAGCCUACAUAGAUUUGAAUAAGAAUGUUAUGUAUUUCAUUAUAUUGUACACUGGAUUUCAAACUGUUGAUGCGUAGUACAAGUACGGCUGGAUUUCAAAUGGCAUUAAAGGUGCGCCGUGUAACAUUUCUUGUGGAGGGUCCUCCGCUUGCUUGUCUCCAUGGAGAUGUUAUUGCUUGGUCUAGAACAGGGGUGGACAAACUUUUUGACUCAUGGGCCACAAAGGGUUCUAAAAUUUGACAGAGGAGCCGGACUGGGAGCAGUUGGGGUUUUUUGGUAAUCCACCUCAUAAGAAAAAAAAAAAUUUUUUAUUGAAAUAUCCCAUAAUUAUAAAUCAUGAAGCAUUACAACAAAAUAUCUGUCUUUCAAGUCCCACGGGAUUUACUAUUUAUUGAAAUAACUUUUAAAACACUGAAAAUUAUUAUUAUUAUUACUAUUAUUCAAGUUUGCCGGGCCAGAUUAAUAAGAUUAAAAGACCACAUUUGGCCCGCGCCAUAGUUUGCCCACCCCUGGUCUAGAAUGUUUCGAAAUAUAGAUUAAAAUUAUCUGUCACAAGGGAAACAAGCUGGUUACAGCACUAUACGGCAUAAGAAAUCAGAUCUGUGGAGAGUCGUCCCUAUUCACAAGAGAGAAUUAUAGUCAGGGUUCCCACAGUCAUGGAAAUCCUGGAAAAGUCAUGGAAAUUGAAAAUGUCAUUUUCCAGGCCUGGAAAAGUCAUUGGAUUUGGUCAAUUCAGUGAAAGUUUUGGAAAAGUCUGUUAAGUUAUCAGUAGGUUAUUAUGAUUAUUUCUGAACGUAUGCACAUUUUGUUUAAAAGAGACGAAAAAAGAGACAAUAAAUGCACUGACGGUAUUUUGAAAGUUAAAAAAACUAUAAUAACCAUAAGGUGAGUGGAAAGGGUUAACAUUUCAUAUUUAACCCUAAAAGUAUGAUGUAAAGUGCUGUAAAGUCAUGGAAAAUUCACUUUAGGUCAUGAAAACGUCAUGGAAAAGUUUUGAAAUUAUGUCAGUGAAAAAAAAGUGGGAACCCUGUAUAGUAUUUUUGAGCAACAGAAACACCCGUAAUGAAUAUAAGGUAGACGGAUAUGUUUAAUGUCAUUGCGGAACAUUCCAGGGAAAGCAAUAACAUCUCCAUGGAGACAAGCAGGUUGCGGACACUCCACCAGAAAAGUCACGCACCUUUAAACAGCAAUAUUCAAUAGACUUGUAAAAGGGACACAUUUUUGGUGGAUUUUGGUGGACUUGUUGACAAUGAACCUGGCUACUGCCCGCAAAUGAACUCAGCCAAGAUACUAUUACAUAAUAUUAUUUGAUUUGCUAUGUAUUUGCAGAAAUUGUGAAAAAAAAUCUUGCUUAUCCUUGUGUUCAUGCAGGGCUUUGCAGGGACUGAUAUUACCUGAUUAGCUCAGUUGAAAAUCCAAAUGGACAAAUCCAGAUUAAACAACUAAAUCGCCAUUAAAUCACCCGGACAGAACUUAACCAAGACUAAAGACUCAAGCCCCUCAUAAAAAAUAUUAAAAGAUAUGUCUGUAAUUCUAAUUUAACUGUGGUUGUGUUUGCAUGCACACCAAAAUACCGAUCAUUAUCUGAUUUCCGGAAUUAUCAAAACGACUCAAAUGUGGGUUUUUCUCAAGGGAAAAUUGUGCAAAAUAGGAAACUAAUGUGGCAAAUACAAAAUGAGAAGAGUUAUUUUAAAAUUCAUUGGACUUUUGGUCAUUUUACCAGCCAAAUCCACCCUAGGACCCCACCCUGCCUACUUGCACCACAGUUUGGGAACCACUGCUUUCAUAUAUUCACUAUUGAUGACCUAUUGCUUUGCUUGCUUCAUAUGCUUUUGCUUGGCUUUCUCUCCUUUUUUUUUUUAAACACCAUUUUUAUUGAGUUAAACAGGGUUAAGCUAAUAUUAUUAAGCACAUUUUGUAAAUUUAAACAAGAAAAAACAAAAAUUAGUCUGAUUUAGAUUUUCAUUUAGAUGCAUACCUGUUAUCUUAAUGCAUUUGUAAUUUAAAAGCCCCAAUUUCUUGCAUGUUGUUCGUCCAUAAGAGGAAGAAGCUAUGUUAGGGUGUUUUGUAAAAUGACGCUCAAGCCUUAGUCCAGCGUCUGGGCUAAUGUCAAUACUUCUGAAGAGGGGCUAAUUAUUGUAAAACAUGGUAGUUACAACUCAACUCUGAUCUGUAUAUUUUGUCUGCCAUUGGAAAUUGUCUGUGAAUAAAGUAGUAAUAAAGAUGUGUUUUUAUGUCUCA